GGGGCGCCGUGACACCCGGAAGCCGUGCCCGAGGACGCCGGAGCGCCCGGAAGUGACGCGCAUCCGGCGGAAGUCCCGCCCCCACCGUCCCGCGUGGCUGGCAGCCGGCAUGGCGCACUACAACUUCAAGAAGAUCACGGUGGUGCCGUCCGCCAAGGACUUUAUCGACCUGACCUUGUCGAAGACUCAACGCAAGACUCCGACGGUCGUCCACAAACAUUACCAAAUCCACCGCAUUAGACAUUUUUACAUGAGGAAGGUCAAAUUCACUCAGCAGAAUUACCAUGACCGACUGUCGCAGAUUCUAAUGGACUUCCCCAAGUUGGAUGAUAUCCAUCCAUUUUAUGCCGAUUUGAUGAACAUUCUCUAUGACAAGGAUCAUUACAAGUUGGCUCUGGGACAAAUAAACAUUGCCAAAAACUUAGUGGACAAUGUGGCCAAAGAUUACGUGCGGCUUAUGAAGUACGGAGACUCUCUGUACCGCUGCAAGCAGCUGAAGCGUGCUGCCCUCGGGCGGAUGUGUACAAUCAUCCGGAGACAGAAGCAGAGUUUGGAGUACCUGGAGCAAGUGCGCCAGCAUCUGUCCCGUCUGCCAACUAUUGACCCGAAUACGAGGACCCUGCUCCUCUGUGGAUACCCGAACGUUGGCAAGUCCAGCUUCAUCAAUAAGGUGACGAGAGCGGAUGUGGAUGUCCAGCCUUAUGCGUUUACGACCAAGUCUCUGUUUGUGGGGCACAUGGAUUAUAAGUAUCUGCGCUGGCAGGUCGUAGACACGCCGGGGAUCCUGGACCACCCCUUGGAGGAUCGGAACACCAUCGAGAUGCAGGCCAUCACGGCCCUGGCUCACCUGCGCGCCGCGGUUCUGUAUGUGAUGGACCUGUCUGAGCAGUGUGGGCAUGGGCUGAGGGAGCAGCUGGAGCUCUUCCAGAACAUCAAGCCUCUCUUUAUCAAUAAGCCGCUCAUAGUCGUAGCAAACAAGUGUGACGUGAAGAGGAUAGCUGAGCUUCCUGAAGACGAUCAGAAAAUAUUUGCAGAUUUGCAGGCUGCAGGAUUUCCUGUGGUUGAGACCAGCACCCUGACGGAGGAAGGGGUUAUCCAAGUGAAAACCGAGGCUUGUGACAGGCUUCUGGCUCAUCGAGUCGAAACCAAAAUGAAAGGAAAUAAAGUGAACGAGGUGCUGAACAGGCUGCACCUGGCUGUGCCGCACAAGAGAGACGACAAGGAGAGGCCCCCUUUCAUCCCCGAGGGAGUGGUGGCACGCAGGAAGAGAAUGGACAUCGGGGAGCCCAGGAGGAAGCGGGAACGAGACCUCGAAGUGGAGCUGGGGGAUGAUUACAUUCUGGACCUUCAGAAGUACUGGGAUCUGAUGAACUCCUCUGAGAAGCACGAUAAGAUACCCGAGAUCUGGGAAGGCCAUAACGUAGCUGAUUACAUUGAUCCCGACAUCAUGCAGAAAUUAGAAGAGUUAGAAAAAGAAGAAGAGCUGAGGACAGCAGCUGGCGAGUACGACAGUGAGUCUGAGAGCGAGGACGAAGAGAUGGGGGAGAUCCGCCAGCUGGCAAAGCAAAUUCGGGAAAAAAAGAAGCUGAAAAUUCUGCAGUCCAAGGAGAAGAACACACAGGGCCCCAGGAUGCCUCGGACGGCUAAGAAGGUUCAGCGGAAGGUGUUAGAGAAUGAGAUGCGCAGUCUUGGCGUUGACAUGGAUGACAAAGACAAUGCCCAUUACGCAGUCCAGGCGAGAAGGUCUCGGAGUGUUACUAGGAAGAGGAAACGGGAGGACUCCGUUCCACCCACGUCUAUAGCCCGCAGCCGCAGCUGCUCUCGGACUCCGCGGGAUGUCUCUGGUCUUCGGGAUGUCAAGAUGGUGAAGAAAGCCAAGACUAUGAUGAAGAACGCUCAGAGGAAGAUGAACCGCCUGGGGAAGAAAGGAGAAGCCGACAGACACGUGUUUGAUAUGAAGCCCAAGCACUUGCUCUCCGGGAAGAGGAAAGCGGGUAAAAAGGACAGGAGGUAGUGUUCUGCAGCUGCAGUGGUCUGGCUGUGCGGGGUGUCUCCAGCCCGCCAGGCGUGCGGUCACGGGGUCGGAGUCCUGGCCCAUGAACUGCAGAUAAUAAGCAAACCUGAAGCUCUUGUUGCUUUGCUCACCUGGGGCGCGCGGCUGUGGGAGGUGCUGUUGCUGCCUCGCAGCCCAGGUGUUCCGAGCAGACGGUGGGUGUGGCAUUCCACGGAGCCUUGAUUGCUCCAGAUCUACAGAACCAGAAAGAUUGGUUGACGUGAACGUGUGUCUUACUCUUUUCUGCAAGAGGGAACUUCGAAUUUACGUAGGUCUAGUGGGGUUUUUUUUUUGUGAGGAAAGCCCCUCUGGUGGUGGGCGUGGGCCCAGGGCUGCCAGCCAUGCCUGCCUGCAGCAGAGCAAGCUCCAGCGCCGGCUGAUUUUCCCAUCUUUCGACGUGUGUACCGUUGUAACCUGUCUUCAACUACUUUGUCCAAAAUAAACUUCAGAAUAAAGUGGUUUUGGUUGAUGUA